CCCCCGGCCCGCGCCGCCGCCUGAGCCGCCCGCCCGCGCGAUGGAGCCCGGCCGCGGCGGCCUGGAGGCCGUGGGCAAGUUCGAGUUCUCGCGCAAGGACCUGAUAGGGCACGGCGCCUUCGCUGUGGUCUUCAAGGGGCGCCACCGGGAGAAGCACGACCUGGAGGUCGCAGUCAAGUGCAUCAACAAGAAGAAUCUGGCCAAGUCCCAGACACUGCUGGGGAAGGAAAUCAAGAUCCUCAAGGAAUUGAAACAUGAAAACAUCGUGGCUUUGUAUGACUUCCAGGAAAUGGCCAAUUCCGUUUACCUGGUCAUGGAGUACUGUAACGGCGGGGACCUGGCGGACUAUCUACACGCCAUGCGGACGCUGAGCGAGGACACCAUCCGGCUCUUCCUGCAGCAGAUCGCGGGCGCCAUGCGCCUGCUUCACAGCAAGGGCAUCAUCCACCGCGACCUGAAACCCCAGAACAUCCUGCUGUCUAACCCCGGCGGGCGCCGCGCCAACCCCAACAACAUCCGCGUCAAGAUCGCCGACUUCGGUUUCGCCCGGUACCUGCAGAGCAACAUGAUGGCGGCCACGCUCUGCGGCUCUCCCAUGUACAUGGCCCCCGAAGUCAUCAUGUCGCAGCACUACGACGGGAAGGCCGACCUGUGGAGCAUCGGCACCAUCGUGUACCAGUGCCUGACGGGCAAGGCGCCCUUCCAGGCCAGCAGCCCCCAGGACCUUCGCCUCUUCUACGAGAGGAGCAAGACCCUGGUGCCCACCAUCCCCCGGGAGACGUCCGCCCCGUUGAGGCAGCUACUGCUGGCCCUGCUGCAGCGCAAUCAUAAGGACCGCAUGGACUUCGACGAGUUCUUCCAUCAUCCUUUCCUUGACGCCAGUGCCACUGUGAAGAAGUCGCCCCCCGUGCCCGUGCCCUCGUACCCGAGCUCCGGGUCCGGCAGCAGCUCCAGCAGCAGCUCCACCUCGCACCUGGCCUCCCCCCCGUCCCUCGGGGACAUGCAGCAGCCGCUACAGAGGACACUGACGUCCCCGGCCGACGCUGCUGGCUUCCUGCACGGCUCCCGGGGCUCCGGCGGCAGCAGCAAGGACUCGUCCUGCGACACAGAUGACUUUGUCAUGGUCCCGGCCCAGUUUCCAGGUGACCUGGUGGCCGAGGUGGCUGGAGUCAAGCCCCCACCGGACAGCCUGAUGUGUAGCGGGAGCUCACUGGUGGCCUCGGCUGGCCCGGAGAGCCGUGGCCGGACCCCUUCUCCUUCCCCACCCUGCAGCAGCUCUCCAAGCCCCUCCGGCCGGGCCGGCGCGUUCAGCAGCAGGUGCGGUGUGUCUGUCCCCAUCCCAGUGCCCACGCAGGUGCAUAAUUACCAGCGCAUUGAGCAGAAUCUGCAGUCACCCACCCAGUACCAGACCGCACGGUCCUCUGCCAUCCGCAGGUCGGGCAGCACCAGCCCCCUGGGCUUUGCCCGGGCCAGUCCGUCGCCCCCGUCCCACGCCGAGCACGGAGCUGCCCUGGCCAGAAAGCUUUCCCUGGGCGGGGGCCGGCCCUACACACCAUCUCCACAAGCUGGAAUCAUCCCCGAGCGGCCGGGCUGGAGCGGGGCGCCCUCCCCACAGGCACCCGAGGUGCGGGGCGGGAGAUCCCCUCGUCCAGGCUCCUCUGUGCCCGAGCACUCUCCCCAUGCCGCCGGGCUGGGCUGCCGCCUGCACAGCGCUCCCAACCUGUCUGACCUGCACGUUGUCCGCCCUAAGUUGCCCAAGCCCCCCACGGACCCGCUGGGGGCCGCGUUUGGCCACCCCCAGUCCAGCCCCCCGCAGCCGUCCCAUGUGCUGCAGUCCUGCCGGCCCCUGCGAGGCUCGCCCAAGCUGCCUGACUUCCUGCAGCGGAACCCCUUGCCCCCCAUCCUGGGCUCCCCCACCAAGGCUGUGCCUGCCUUCGACUUCCCCAAGACCCCCAGCUCCCAGAACCUGCUGACGCUCCUGGCCCGGCAGGGCGUAGUCAUGACACCGCCUCGGAACCGGACGCUGCCUGAUCUGUCAGAGGCCGGACCAUUCCAGGGGCAGCAGCUGGGCCCUGGCUUGCGGCCCCCCGAGGACACCAAGAGCCCCUUUGGCAGGUCCCUCAGUACCGGGCGCCUCACCGAUCUGCUCCUUAAGGCUGCGUUCGGGACCCAGGUCCCUGACUCGGGGAGCACGGACAGCCUGCAGGAGAAGCCUAUGGAGAUCGCGCCCUCUGCUGGCCUCGGAGGGACCCUGCACCCCGGAGCCCGUGCUGGGGGCGCCAGCAGCCCAUCUCCCGUGGUGUUUACCGUGGGCUCGCCCCCCAGUGGGACCACGCCGCCCCAGGGCCCCCGUGCCAGGAUGUUCUCAGUGGGCUCCUCCGGCUCCCUGGGUUCAGCUGGCUCCUCCUCUGCCCGUCACCUGGCUCCUGGAGCCUGCAGCGAGGUGGCCCCGGAGGUCCCGGCCCCCGGCCACUGCCGCAGCUUCGCCGAUCCCGUCACCGCCAACCUGGAGGGGGCUGUGACCUUCGAGGCCCCCGACCUCCCCGAGGAGACGCUGAUGGAGCAAGAGCACACCGAGAUUCUGCACGGCCUGCGCUUCACUCUCGUCUUCGUCCAGCACGUCCUGGAGAUCGCGGCCCUGCGGGGCAGCGCCGGCGAGGCGGCCGGGGGCCCCGACUUCCAGCUGCAGGAGAGCGUGGUGGCCGACCAGAUCAGCCUGCUGAGCCGGGAGUGGGGCUUCGCGGAACAGCUGGUGCUCUACCUGAAGGUGGCCGAGCUGCUGUCCUCGGGCCUGCAGACCGCCAUUGACCAGAUCCGGGCCGGCAAGCUGUGCCUGUCGUCCACCGUGAAGCAGGUGGUGCGGAAGCUCAACGAGCUGUACAAGGCCAGCGUGGUGUCCUGCCGAGGCCUGAGCCUGCGCCUGCAACGCUUCUUCCUGGACAAGCAGCGGCUCCUGGACCGCAUCCAGAGCGUCACUGCCGAGAAGCUCAUCUUCAGCCACGCGGUGCAGACGGUGCAGUCGGCCGCCCUGGACGAGAUGUUCCACCGUCGGGAGGACUGCGUCCAGCGCUACCACAAGGCUCUGCUGCUCAUGGAGGGGCUGCAGCACCUCCUCGCCGACCAGGCGGACGUGGAGAGCGUUGCCAAGUGCAAGCUGUGCAUCGAGCGGAGGCUGUCCGCGCUGCUGACCGGCAUCUGUGCCUGACCGUGGGGUGCCCGAGGGGCCGGAUCUCCUGCCGAUCCCACGGGCUCGGGGGCGGCCAGCUGGCCGGGCUUGAAGGGACAAGCCUGCGGCCUCGGUGCUGCUCGCUGGCGUCGGGAGAAGGUCGGGGGCUCCCGCAGAGCCAGGCCUCGAGCUGCGCGUCCGCGUCCUGAGCUCUGCCGCGGUGGGCUUCGGCGUGCUGGGAAGGCCCCGGGCAACCCCAGUCCAGGCCGGGGCCCCCGCCUCGCAGGUUAGCAGAGCUCUCCCGGCCAGCAGUCACGACUUCCCUUGGCCGCCUCGCUGGCAGCGGGGGCGCGUGUGGCCGGACCGCCGGGCGGCCCCGAUGCCCACCGCCGCGCGGAGGACGAGCAGAGGCCCCGAGACCGCUCUACCCAGGAAAAGGUGCGGCCCCCUGGUCCCCCUCCUUCCCCAAGACCACCCACCCAGCUUUGUGAAUCACGGAGCACUUUAUGCAGGCGGCCCUGGAGCAGGACUGCCCGCCAAGUCCCGCGUGUUGCUGCGGGGCGCGUGUAUAUACCUAUAUACAUAUAUACAUAUAUACAUAGUCGUGCGAGCGUGUGCGAGCGUGUGCGCUGUGCCUGCUGCCGGGACCCUCUCGGGGAGACACAGACCUCUUAUUUAAAUGUUCUUGUAGGGACAGACAGUACGAAGCACCGAGCUUUCUGAACCCAGGACAGACGUUGAAGUCUAUUCCACUUUACUCCUGAAAUGUGUCUUAUUUUUCUGCAGCUCUUUUUUUUAACAGAAGAAGACAAUUUGUAGUUUCUUUUGGAAGGGUGGGGCAGGACGGGCGGGUCCUGGUAUUGCACGUGCGGCGCACACACGUGGGUGGAGGUAGGAGGUGUCUGUCAGGGUGGCCCCCGCCCUGCCCCCCGCCGUCCCCGCCCCACCUGACCAGGGGCUGUUUUGUGCAAAGUCUCCCAUCCAGCUUUCACGGUGGGUUUUGAUGCCAAAGUCGUGUGUGGAGCUCCCCCACCCCCACCCCAGGCUGGGUCCUGGCUGCCACUGGGGAGCCCGGGGGUCUUCCUGGCCUGCCCGGCCCUGCCUUGCCCCCCCUCGUCUAUAUCCUGGAGAGGGCAGAGGAAGCCUGCCGGAGUCCAGGCACCCUGGGUGAGGGGUUUAAUGUCUUACAUCAAGACACAGACAUCUUUGUGUUUCUUUCUUUGCAAUACUUGAAAUAUUGCCACUGUGCUUGGACUUAGAACCAGCCCCGCGACUUGUUCCUCGCUGCACGGAACGUGUUCGUAUUUAUUGCUUUAUGGUCGGCUGAGAUCCAGGCCACCGGGACGCUGGGGCCACGGGAGGGGACUCGUGGGUGCCCACGCGGGCUGCCAGCGGAUCUUGUUCUUUACGAGACAGCACCUGACUCUUGGUCUACUUUAAAAGGAGUUUUGUGUGACCCCCCCCCCCCAUUUGCAUUAAAUUGUGUAAUACCGAUUUAAGGAAAUAAACCUUUGGAACUGA